CUCAAACAAAACACCAUUGCAGCUCCAAAUUCGGGGAACCUGUCAGAGGAAGCGAUUAACACGCGACUUUCACGCGUCUCUUUAGGUUUGCAUCCAAUCCGCGAGCAUAUCAUCUUGAAAAUGUCGCAACUAGAUCCCCUUCCAAAGGACCUCCCCUUCCGAUUCAUCUCGAAGACAAUCGGAAGGGGGGCUUAUGCAUCCAUCCGCAAAGCCAUUCCCCUAGAUGCGACGUCACCAGUCUUUGCUGUCAAGCUGAUAAACAAGCCCUAUGCUGUCAAGCAGGGCCGUAUAUCUGCCAAGCAAAUCGCCAUGGAGGUGUCGCUGCACUCUCAUAUUGGACAGCAUCCCAACAUCAUCGAGUGGUUUGCCACCGGCGAGGAUGCCGUCUGGCGGUGGAUUGCCAUGGAAUUCGCCGAGGGCGGCGAUCUUUUCGACAAGAUUGAGGCAGAUGUCGGCGUGCUCGAAGACAUUGCUCACGUCUACUUCUUGCAGCUGAUCAGCGGCGUGAGCUUCAUGCACUCCAAGGGCGUUGCCCACCGAGAUCUGAAGCCCGAGAACAUCCUGCUGUCGGAGAGCGGCAACCUCAAGAUCGCAGACUUCGGCAUGGCCACCAUGUUCGAGUACAAGGGCCAGAAGAAGCAGAGUUCUACCAUGUGCGGCAGCCCGCCCUACAUUGCGCCCGAAGUUCUGGCCUCGGCCAGGGCUGACCGGAAGUCGCCCAACGCGGCCAAAUAUUCGGCUGAUCUGGUCGACAUCUGGUCUUGUGGCGUCAUCCUGUUCGUCCUAUUGGUCGGCAACACGCCCUGGGACGAGCCCACUUCAGGCAGCUGGGAGUUUCAGGAGUACGUGCGGACUCAGGGCCGAAGCACUGACUCACUGUGGGAGAGGGUCCCAGCCGACGUCCAGUCCCUCCUCCGGGGUAUGAUGAACAUCGACACAAAGAAGCGCUUCUCUUCCACACGUAUCCGCCAGCAUCCGUGGUAUACACGGCGUAACCCUCUCCUCACCGACGAUGGCAAGGUAUCCGACCCCAUCCAUCUUGCCACGCAGAUGCUCGCGGCCCUCCGGAUCGACCUCAACGCGGACCCGACACCCUCGCAGAGACAGAUGCAUGCAGAUGCGAUGGAUGUCGACUCUCGGGGCGUCGCUGCAGACGACUUCUCAAGGUUUCCAGCUACGCAGCCCGAUAUACCGAUCCAGGACAACCUGUUUGAGUGGGAACGGCCAGCCACGCGGCCUCUGCUUCAACUCGGCGUCUCAUCGUCGCAGCCGCUUACAAACUCCGACCUAUUUUCCAGGAGCAACCGGGGGGCGCACGGCGCUGCCCUCGACGCACUGGCCGACGAGCCCACCAUGAGCCAGUUCUCGCAGAUGCCCGGCGUGCCGCUCAGCCUCACGCAGCACGCUCGCCGCUUCCGCGACAUUGUGCCGGCCUACUCGCUCACGCGCUUCUACUCGCACAUGCCGCCCGACCUGCUGAUCCAGAUGCUCGGCGACGCGCUGCACCAGCUCAAUGUACCCCUCCCGCCGAUGCCCCCGGUGAACUUGCACUCGGACCAUAUCAUGACACUCAAGUUCAAGACGAUGGACGGCCGCAACCAGAGCCUCCAUGGCGACAUUUCCGUGUCCAAGUACUACCUCCCCAACGAAAUGGUGCUGUUGGAGGUGCAUUUCGUCAAGAUCAAGGGAGAUCCGCUCGAGUGGCGUCGCUUCUUCAAGAAGGUCGCCGUGCUCUGCAAAGAUGGAAUCUAUAACAGUGAGAAUUGAAGCUUGGGGUGGGAGGUUCGUAUACUACGGAGCAGAAGGCGUACGCGUACAUAGGAUUCAGAGCGGUAGCGACAUAAACGGCAGCAGCAGCAGGCAUUGUUUGUUUAGUAGCUAAGGGUGCAUGGCUAUUAGGACAGGCGCUAGGGAGGGAAACGGUACAACGGCGGUGCAUCCAUUGGUAGAGAGGGAGGGCUCCCAUCAUAAUUUGAUGUUCCAUUACAACACACAUACAUGGGAAUUUAAUGGGCUCGUUACGAGUCACAAAUACAUUUA